GCUUCCAUGAAGCACUUUCCAGGGUCUCCAAUUCUCUGAAUUGGGUUCUCAAAUAUCCAUUUUCCCCUCCCUUGGAUUUGCUUCUUUUUUCUCCUGCAAAACUCAGCCAGGAGUUAUCUUUAUGUUCAACUUCAGCUCUGCAGGUACAUUAAUUACAUGCCCACAUGCAAAAGAAAAAAAAAAUUUCCUCUUUAUCAAAUAAAUAUCUUCUUUUAUCAAAACAAUGAUUAGGGUUCUUAAUGUUGCAGUGGAUUGUUGGACAAGCAAUCAUUAUUUUGACAAUGGAAGUCGAUCAUUUUCUUCAUUUUCUUUUCUGCAGGUACCUUGUUGUUGGUUGAUAGUUUAUUGGUUUAGCAGCCAAAUGGGGUCCAAGUCUUCAAAGCAGUCAACAGACUCAACACCAACCACCAGAGGAGACGAUCUCCAUUUCCAAGUUCUCUCUUUUCUCACUAAAAGUUCUUAUAUUCGUAACUUGGUGUCGAAGCAACGCCGGAGGAUGCUGGUUGAAGGUUAUGAUCUUGACAUGUCCUAUAUCACAGACCGUUUGUUAGCCAUGUCUUUUCCUGCAGAACGAAUGAGAGCUGUUUACAGAAACCCUCUUUGGCAAGUCAAGUCUGUGCUAGACAUGAGACACAAUCAACAUUAUAAGGUGUAUAAUUUAUGUAUAGAAGAAUGUUAUGAUCCAGAACAUUUUUAUGGGCGUGUAGACAGAUACCCUUUUGAUGACAACCAUGUUCCACCUCUCGAAAUGAUCAAGCUUUUCUGUGAGAGUGUGCAUUCAUGGCUAUCAAGUGACCCAAAAAAUAUUGCAGUUAUUCAUUGCAUGGCAGGUAAAGGUCGAACAGGGUUAAUGGUAUGUGCGUAUCUUGUUUACAGUGGCAUGUCAGCAGAGGAGGCUCUGCAAUUAUAUGCUCAUAAACGAACUACUAACAAUGAAGGAGUCACUAUACCAAGCCAAAGGCGUUAUGUCGGUUUCUGGGGCAGCACACUUUCUUUUCCUAGGGGAAUUCAUAAUGGACCUCCAGAUGUGAACUUGCCACAAAAAUGUAGCAGAGAGUUGCUGCGAGUUCGACUUUAUGACACCAUUAACACUAACCCAGUCUUCUUUGUGGUGUCAGAGUUGCAAAAGGUUCCAGGUGAGCUGUACAGUCCAGCUAUGGAAGUUUCUCGGAGCGUUUGCAGACAAGUAAGAAAAGGAUAUGAGAAAAAUACUGAUGCACGAUACUAUGUCUCCUUCAUCGAUGAUGAUAAUGGAGAAGGAAAGAAAUCAGAAUCAGGAGAACGUGUGGUUGUCCAAAUGGACACAGAAUCCCCCAUAAUCUACCAAAAGACCUGUCUUGAUCAUUGUUUUGACAAACCUUUACUAGUCAGUGGUGAUGUUCGCGUAAUAUUCUACCAGAAAAUGGUCGGAUCACGCCUCUUCUACGCUUGUUUCAAUACAUCAUUCAUCAAAAACGGCUUGCUACAGUUCUCCUUGAGGGAUUUGGAUAAAGUUGGAAGCAAAGGUAGAUCAAUUUGCGGCCCGGCUUUCUGCCUGGAGUUGCUAUUUGGACCUGCAAAUCCUAAGUCUUCAAUGUCACAAACAAAUGACGAAGACGAGGACGAUGGUGAUGGUGAUGGUGAUGGUGAUCUUAGAACAAAUUCAUCCUGAAAUUAAUCUCCAAACCAGCAGCAUACAUUUAACGAUGACAACAACGAUGAUGAAGGUGGUUUUACUGCGAAUUCGUUCUGAAAUCUUCAACCGUAGAUAAACUUUCAACCGGUACAAAUGUGUCAUACACAGAUUCAAUGUAAUAUCCUCACCAAAUGGAUCGAAAAUGGAUGAACAUUUGAUUCCUCCCCCCGGCUUGGCCCCUGGUUU